CAACCUCUGUGUUUGUGAUUUGAAUUUGAAAUUGAACACUCCUAUGUUGAUGAAAUAUAUUUUAGGUUGUAAUAUUUACAUUCCGAUUCUUCAAAAGUUUCUCUAUCCAUCGUCCAGUAUCAACUAUGUACAACCGAAGAAAAAAAUAUGAUAAAAUAAAAUUUUUGGGGGAAGGCCAAUUUGCCACAGUGUUCAAAGCCAAAAAUUUACAAACAGGAAGUAUAGUUGCUGUGAAGAAAAUCAAAAUUGGAAGUAAACAAGAAGUACAGGAUGGAGUUAAUCGAACAGCACUUCGGGAAAUAAAAUUGCUGCAGGAGUUGGAUCAUCCAAAUUUGAUGUGUCUACUAGAUGUAUUCGGUCAUUUAUCAAAUAUAUCGUUAGUAUUCGAUUUCAUGGAUACCGAUUUGGAGGUAAUUAUAAAGGACACAACAUUGAUUCUCACCACAGCUAAUAUCAAAUCUUACAUCAUACAAACACUUCAAGGAUUAGAGUAUUUACACAUGAAUUGGAUGCUACAUAGAGAUCUCAAACCAAACAACUUGCUUGUAAAUGCUGAAGGAGUUCUGAAAAUUGGUGAUUUUGGUUUAGCGAAAUUAUUUGGUUCCCCAUCUCGACUUCUCACACAUCAAGUUGUCACUCGAUGGUAUAGGGCCCCAGAGCUCCUAUUUGGCGCUAAACAAUAUGGGACAGGAGUCGAUAUGUGGGCAGUAGGCUGUAUAUUAGGGGAGCUAUUAUUGAGGGUGCCUUUGUUUCCUGGUGAAUCAGAUUUGGACCAAUUGACGAAGAUAUUUACAGUGUUCGGAAAUCCGACAGAAGAAAAUUGGCCUGGAAUGAAGUCUUUGAUAGAUUAUAUUGAAUUUAAACCUUUCACACCUAUCCCUAUGAAAAAUAUUUUUACUGCAGCUGGAGAUGAUCUAUUGGACGUUCUUGAAAAUAUUUUAGUGUUAAAUCCACUGAAAAGAAAAAACUGUACCCAAUGUUUGCAAAUGCCCUUCUUUUCAAACAAACCUGCACCAACGCCAGGAUUAAAGUUACCCUUACCACAAAAAAUAAAGAAUACUGUAGAAACAGAAAAUAAUCAAAAUGUGCUGAAACGAAAAUUAGCUUAUGAUGGUUCUGUAGGUCCAACACUAGCAAAAAGGUUAUUUUUUUAACUUCUAAAAAAAUGGCCGAAUCUAGAUGUUUUUUCUCUGUAGAAUAUUGUUUUGUUGAGAAUACUAUUUUGCAGCUAAAGCUCAAUCAAUAAAUUGAAAGAAAGAAAAAUAGUAAUACUAAUGGCUGUCUAUAAUAAUUAAUUAUGAACAUCAGGGAAUUUUAUAGUAAUUAUAAUUCAAAAUAUUGGAUAAUUAUUAUCCAUAAGGCUGAUAAAUUGAAAUUUGUUCAUUAUUUAAUGAAUUUCUAGUGGAACUUCUAUUCUGAGUUGAUUUCAAUUAGUAAAGGCUGAAAUGAGCAUGUGAUAUUCAUCUUUUUAUUCAAUUAAUUGAAGGUAUCUUAAUUUCAGGCUUCAAGAAUAGAUAUUAUUCAAGUAUUCCAGAAUUCAGGGAAUAUUUUUGUUUUGGAAUUGAUUCUAUUGAAUUCGCUAUGUACUAUAAUUGUGAUGAGAUUUCAUACUCUUCAUAUGUUGUAAUUAUUAUGAAUCAAUAUCUUGUGAAACAUAAUCUUUUGUAAAGUUGGUGUAUAAAAUCCUGAGUAAAAUCCAAUGAACACAGAUGGAACAUAUGUAAAACUACUCUCAUGAAACAUAGAUUUUGGAUAGUUAGAAGAUUUGGAGUCCAUAUGUAUAUCCUCUUGAAGAAUUUUUCUACAGAAAAUUGUUAAAAGAAUGAAGGUUUAUAAUAAAUUUUCUUGAAUAUCA